AAAUAUAAUUAAAUAAAAAAAAUUAAAUAAUAAUAAGUUAAUUAAAUGAGAAAAAAAAAUAUUAUGCUAUUGAAUAUAAUUUGCAUAGUGCUUGUUAGUCAAGCAAUAGCUUAAAACUAUGAUUACAAUACUGCAAAUGUUUGUGAUACUGGCUCAUUCGGUAAAUCUCAAGAUUAAGUUGCUUAUAUGUGUACUCAUUAAGCUCUUGGUUCUUGCUAACUACAAAAAGCUGUAUAAGCUGAUGGCUACUCUAGCUUUGCAGAGUACGGAUUUGGAGGUUAUGGAAGUAACCCUCCUUCAAAUUAUUGUUGUAGAUGCUUUUAAAUCUAAGUCUAAGAUGGUGAUGCUCCUGCAAAGGAUAUUAUCGUUUAAGGCAUUAACACAGGUGGUGAUGUAAACAGUAAUUAAUUUGAUUUAUCUAUGAUUGCUGGUGGCUUUGGCGCUAACAACGGAUGUGCUAACUAAGUUUUUGCAUGGAAUGGUGGUGCUUGGGAUGGACGUGCUGGUGCUGCCUAAUACUCUUAAAGUGCUGCUGGUAAUUGGUGCAGUGAUCCUACUUCAGAUAAUUCUAGAUGUUAAAAUGCUUACUCUGGUGGCAUCACUAAAAAAAGCGAUUGUGCUAAGUUACCUAACAGUAACUUAACCUAACUAUGUGAAUACUCUUUUGAUUCAAAAUGGAGAACUAACAACGGAAAUAGAGACACUAUUAUGAAAGAAGUAAGAUGUCCUGCUGGAUUGAUUAAAUUAUCAGGCUGUAACAGAGAUGAUCCAUCUUUACCUUACCCUUCUGGAAAGCUCUCUGCUAGUGAUCCUAGUGUUAUGAGAGGAAAAUUGACUCAUAUGUGGGAUUGUUGCAAGCCAUCUUGUUCAUGGACUGCAAAUGUAUCCAAAGCUAAUGGUACUGCUGUCAUGUCUUGUGAUGCAUCUGGUACCAAUAUCCUUGGUACUAAUACUUCGUUUUAAUGUACUAAUUUUACUUGUGAUCCUACAUGCAAAACCUGCUCUGCAUCCAACGAUGCAAACAAAUGCACAUCUUGCAAUACUGGCCACUACUUAAGCUCAAACCCUGGAUAAUGUACUGCUUGUACUCCUUCAUUAAAUUGCUAAGAAUGCUACAAUAGCUCAACAUGCACAAGUUGUGUUAAGGGUUAUGUUUUAAUUGGAAAUACAUGUCAAGCCACUUGUGAUUCUACUUGUAAAACUUGCAGCAAAAACUAAGAUGCAACUUAAUGCACUUCUUGCAAUUCAGGAUUCUAUUUAGAUGGAACUACUGUAGGAUCAUGUGUUUAAUGUUCUUAAAAUUGCAUCAGUUGUACUUCCAAAAAUAACUGCCUAAAUUGCAGUAAUAACACCAUAUUAGUGAGCGGUUAAUGCUAAUCUUGUACAAGCCCAUGCUAAACUUGCUAGACUUCAGUCACAAAUUGCUUAUCUUGUGUUUAAGGGUAUACUUUGAAGGGAAAUAUUUGUACUCCAACAGACACAAAAGAUUGCCAUCCUAGUUGCUAAACAUGCAGCAGACCAAAUGAUUAAAAUGCUUGCACUUCAUGCCAUACAGGAUAUCUUGUUCUUGGAGGUAACUGCUAGCCUUGUUAAGUUCCAUGCUAGAAUUGUAGAGGAAAUCCUAAUAGUUGCACUUCAUGUAUUGCAAAUUAUUCAUUAAGUGGAGACAAAUGUGUUCAUAUUAAUAAAUGA